GAGGAGAAAGAGGGGAAGAAAAGUGACUGAGAGAGGCCACCGAAUAUCCUCGUCCGCAGAGGGCUGCCUCUCCUCACCGAGCCUCAGCCUGCCACCUGGAAGAUGCAGAGAGUCUCAUACAGUCGCUCAGGGAUUCUGCUUCUGGCCUUGCUGCUGCAGGCCUCCAUGGAAGUGCGGGGCUGGUGCCUGGAGAGCAGCCAGUGUCAGGACCUCACCACCGAAAGCAACCUCCUGGAGUGCAUCCGGGCCUGCAAACCUGACCUCUCCGCUGAGACCCCGGUGUUCCCGGGGAACGGCGAGGAGCAGCGACUGACCGAGAAUCCCCGGAAGUACGUCAUGGGCCACUUCCGCUGGAACCGCUUCGGCCAGCGAAACAGCAGUGGAGCAGGCGGCUCGGCGAAGCGCGAGGAGGAGGUGGCGGCGGGCGAGGGCCUGGAUGCCGUGGGCGUGCAGGGCCCACGCGAGGGCAAGCGCUCCUACUCCAUGGAGCACUUCCGCUGGGGCAAGCCGGUGGGCAAGAAGCGGCGCCCAGUGAAGGUGUACCCCAACGGCGCCGAGGACGAGUCGGCCGAGGCCUUCCCCCUGGAGUUCAAGAGGGAGCUGGCGAGAGAGCAGCCCGAGGCUUCACCCGGCCCCGAAGGCCAGCAGUACAGCCUGGAGCACGGCCUGGAGCCCGAUGCUGAGAAGAAGGACGACGGGCCCUAUCGGAUGGAGCACUUCCGCUGGAGCAGCCCGCCCAAGGACAAGCGCUACGGGGGCUUCAUGACUUCCGAGAAGAGCCAGACGCCCCUGGUGACGCUCUUCAAGAACGCCAUCAUCAAGAAUGCCCACAAGAAGGGCCAGUGAGGGUGCAGCGGGGCCCAGGGGCUUCUCUUCCCCUGGGAAGUUCGCCCUAAGGCCUCUUGGCCUCGCCUGCCUGCCUUCCACCUCUCUACCUGGCGUGCCACUCGCUGGGAGCAGCUGUAGCCGCCAACCUCCAGCCUUUUAGUUAGGAAAUAAAA